AUUGGAGAAAUAUUCUAAACAUAAGGUCGUCGAAUCAUGUUUGAUCUCAAACAUUUUGUUAUAUUUGUUCUCUUUAGCGUUUUUCGUAAUGUUUACACUCAAUCACAAAAUGAAGUAAGAGAACCAAACGACUUAAGUGAGAACGGAAUACCAGAAAAAUGUUCAGACUGGGACACAUAUUGGAUAAAUAAUCAGAUUAAUGCAAACAAUGUUGACGAAGUGGACGUGAAACUUUAUUACGAGUCUUUAUGUCCUGACUGUAUACAGUUUGACAAAGAACAAUUUAAUGAUGCUGUCCAGAAAUUAAGUCAGUACGUGGAUUUCCAUACGUAUCCUUAUGGGAAUGCAAAAACUAUCAAUGAAAACGGAGUAAUAGAAUUUGAAUGUCAACACGGCCCACCAGAAUGUUACGGGAAUAAAUUACACGCUUGUGCUAUAGACAACCUGAAUAAUAUCACCGAAUCUGUCGCGUACAAUUCCUGCAUGAUGGGUGGGGAAAACCGUGGCUCCGAUGAUGCAGCUGCUGACAGGUGUGCGGCAUCAUUAGGUAUCGAUUCAACACCAAUAAAAGCCUGUGCUAAGGGCGACAGAGGGACGGAACUUCUAGAAUAUUAUGGAGAGGAAAGUAAGAAGGCAAAUUUCUCAUAUGUGCCUUAUAUCCUCAUAAACGGCAAAGAGAACGAUGGAAGUAAUUUCAUGAGGGACAUUUGCGCAGCGUUCGCCGUUUCACCACCACCUUGCGUAGAAUAUUCAGUUUUGUUGCUAGACCAGAUGCUGUAACAAUUUUCUUUACUUCUAAAUAAAACAAGAAUGUACUC